AUGGGCAGCUUCCGAGUUGCCGUUGUCUUCGCAAUUCUGUUUGGAGCCACGCCCGGUGUGGCGGUGCGCUCGAAUGCCGAGACCGUCAAUCAGGUCAUGUCCAUGGAACCGAAUCCCGCCGAGGACAUCAACAGGGAAGUCAAGAAAGCUUUCUGCGAGAACUUCGAGAUCACGUACAGGGUGAAAGGGACGAAGGGAACCCUGGAACACCCGUGCUGCACGGAAGCCGCGACGUGUUUCGGAAAGGAGCAGACGGGGAAGUGCCAGGCCCAGUGCACCGUGGAGGCUCUGGCAGGCAUCACUUCUCGUGGGAUUUUGUCGCACGAGCGAUUCUGGGCGCCUCAGGCGUGCGUCACACUGCCAGAGGAGAAGGCGCUGGUCGUGCAGGAAACGAACGCUGCGGCGCGGGACGUCGUGGUGGAGGCGGACGACUUUCGCGACUCUGUGCGAGAGCUCGGGAAGCUGGACAUGAAGGUGUACGAUGACCACCUGACCGAGAGGCUGCACGUGAGGUGCGGCGACUAG